AUGUCGGAGACACAUAAGGAGGUUGGCACGAACGUGAGUCAGGAUAGUGGGUGUACUUCUCUUUCCUUGGGAAGGAAACAUGAGGCUUCGAUUCAUGAUCUCACUCCUUGUGUCGACGCUCCUAUUCCGCCGCCGCUACUCUGGCCCAGACUGAGAGUGUACGGCCGGGAUGCGUUCUCUGAGUUCUUCGGAACGAUGAUCUUGAUCCUCUUCGGUGACGGGGUGGUGGCUCAGGUUCUUCUCAGCCAUGGUCAGAAGGGAGAUUACCAGUCCAUCUCCUGGGGAUGGGGAUUAGGUGUCAUGCUCGGAGUAUACGCCAGCGGCGCCUCAGGAGCCCACAUCAACCCAGCCGUGACCUUUGCAAACUGCGUCUUCCGUGGCUUCCCUUGGCGAAAAUUCCCCAUCUACGCCCUAUCCCAGCUCCUCGGCGCCAUGUGUGGUGCAGCAAUUGUCUAUGGCAAUUACAAAUCUGCAAUCGACACCUUCGAGGGAGGAGCCCACAUCCGCACUGUGCCCGGCUACUCAGCAACCGCAACAGCGGGUAUAUUCUGCACAUACCCAGCAGACUUCAUGACCAAGACAGGACAAUUUUUCUCCGAAUUUCUAGCCAGCGCAAUCCUGAUGUUCAUGAUCUUCGCCCUAAAAGAUGAUGGCAAUCUAGGCGCUGGUCCUCUCACGCCUCUGGCAUUAUUCUUCGUCAUCUUCGGAAUCGGCGCUUGCUUCGGCUGGGAGACUGGGUACGCUAUCAAUCUAGCGCGAGACUUCGGUCCACGUCUUGUCUCCUACAUGCUGGGCUACGGACAUGAAGUAUGGGCCGCGGGGAAUUACUACUUUUGGGUCCCAAUGGUAGCCCCAUUUCUAGGCUGCACCUUCGGCGGCUGGGUUUACGACCUGUUCCUAUACACAGGCCUCGACAGCCCAAUCAAUACACCCUGGAUGGGAAUCAAGCGUCUAUUCGGACCCUUCUGCCGGAAGAAACUGGCGCUGCAGAAUCUUGUUUAA